AUGCCUAGACUUCCGCAAAUACACGACCAUCCUCUCGAUGUGGCGACCUGCGCAGCACUUCUGCUCGCACUCGCAGCCCUAACCCUCCUUGCGUCGCCCGCACGAAGUCCCUUUGUCCGAAUUGGCAAAUCAUGGCCUUCCUCACUGCUCUCUGGAAGAUACGCUUCGACCUUCACAAUGGAAAAGCAAAUGCAAGAAGGAUAUACGAAGGUCAUCACAAAUUCUCAACGACCAUUUGUGAUGAAAUUCUGGGCCUUGGACUAUGUCUUCCUGCCAGCCAAAUACCUUGUCGAUGUCAAGCGGGCAGAUACACAGACUUUAAAUUUCAUGGAAAAUAUUAGCGAGGCAUUCAGCCUGUAUGCCUCAGUCGGCGAUCUCUACUCAUCGGAUCUCAUGGCCGAUGUAGUGAGAAGGGGCAUCAACACUCGACUACCAAAAGUGGUAUCACUUCUCAGUGAAGAAUGUGACUACGCGUUCGGAGAGGAGAUUGGAUCGUCGACAGAAUGGACCACUUUCACUGCGGCAACUCUACUUGGGAACAUAAUGCACCGUACCACCAGCAGAAUACUUAUCGGCCCAGAGCUCUGCCGCAGCGAGUCGUUUAUUCGCACCUCCAUGACAUUCGCAAAUUCAAUUUUUGUCAAUGGCCUUCUCCUAAGCAUGCUGCCACUAGGGCCCUUCCGUCGCGUAGCGAGCCAGAUGCUUUCAGUAUUUCACCGAAGAAACCUACGGAAGGCUAUGCAAAUUGUGCUACCGCUUGUCGAAGCACGAUUUGAAGAGUUUCAGACUCGGUCCGUAAGGCCACGGAGAAAUGAUUGGAUGCAUAGGGAGGGCCAUGGGUGCGUCGAUGCUAUAGAAUGGAGUCUUGAGCUCUCAAAGGAUCUGCAUGUGAAAGAUCACAAUCCACGACGAAUCGCCCUAUCGCUGCUGCACAAUCUGUGGGCUGGCAGUGCUGCACCAGGUGGACUCGUUACACAGAUGGUCUUCCAGGUCCUCCUCGAGCCACCAUCGAAGUACCUGACUCCCCUUCGUUUGGAGGCUGAAAAGGUUAUAGGACUGCAUGGCCGCACAGAUAAGGCGCUGAGCAGCAUGCCGCUGAUGGACUCUUUUAUUCGUGAGAUUAACCGGCUCUACCCCACAGGUUCUGCUACAUGCGCGCGAACCGUCAUGGACCCGCGAGGCUUCACGUUUCACGACGGGUUGAAGCUCCCUUCGGGGACGAGGAUCGCGAUCCCAGUGCUUUCGAUCCAGACAGAUCCCGAGAACUUCACAGACCCUCUUGCAUUCGAUGGUUUCAGAUUCGCUCAACUGGGAGAAGGGCUCUUUGAUGAUACGGGCGAUUGGAAAUGGGGUGCUGCCACCGUCUCAGAAACUAAUCUAGCAUUCGGAUUCGGAAAGCACUCUUGUACGGGACGCUUCUACGCCAUCAGAAAGGCCAAGCUCAUUUUUAGCAAGCUCAUCCUCGAGUAUGAGUUGCAGUGGGCCGGGGAUGCUCCAAAGGCCAUGCCAUCCAGAUUAUCAUAUGGGAAGUCUCACGGAGAGUCGCAGAAUGAUACAAUACUCGUUCGUGAGCAGUGGCAAUCUAUUCCGAGCUAG